UCUAUCAUCAUCAUCGUCAUAAUAAUCAUCAUCAUAUAAUUGUUUAUUAUACUAAGAAAAGAAAAAUGAAUAAUCAAGAUGGAUUCGAUAAACACUAUGAUGUCAUUUUGACUGGCACGGAUUUUAUAUCAUCAUUGUUAUCAGCUGCGUUCGCCCGAAUCGGUAAAAAAGUUCUACAUCUUGAUUGUGAAAAACAUUAUGGCAAAGAAUGGCGUUCAAUGAAAUUUACCGAUCUUUUACUUUGGAUGAUCAAAUGUCGAACAUCGCAAUCGUUGGAGCAUCGUAAAGAUGAUGAAACGGUGUUAUCAUCUACCAAGGAACAUUUUUUCAUGCCGGUGAACCGACCGUAUCCAUUUUCGAAUGUCGAAAUUGAUUUUUGUUUUCUCAACAAUCCAGUUCAAUAUCAGAAAUUUUUCGAACAUUUAUUCAAAACAAAAUGUACAGCAGAAUUUUUGGAUGAAUUUAUCAAUGAUUGUGUGCAAAAACUUGAAACUGUCCAAACAUAUGAUGAAGCCGUCGAAUUAUUGGAACGAUUCAAAGAUGGCCACCCCUUAAUAAAUCGACUGGAUAAUAUGUUUAUUUUUGAUCUUUGUCCACGGUUUCUAUUUGCGAAUGAAAAACUUGUCAAAAUAUUGAUCGAUUCAACCGUUACCCGGUAUAUUGAAUUUAAAAAAAUAUCACGAUUAUUGACAGCAAUGAUGAUGCCCGAAACUAACGAUUGUGAUGGUGACGAUGAUUCAAACAUGAAAAUUGUCGAAGUGCCAUGUACAAGAAGCGAUAUAUUCAUGUCGAACAUAAUCUCGCCCAUCGAAAAACGAUAUCUGAUGUCGUUUCUGGAAAAAUGUUAUCGUCUUGAAAGACAUGGCGAUUGGUAUCGAGAAUUUUCCAACAAACCAUUCACUGAAUUUCUUCAAUCACAAGCGUUAACGAAUAAAUUACAGGAAUUUAUCAUCAACACGUUGCUUAUGAAAUCCCAGCCAAUUCAAACUGAAUCAGCAUUGAACAAGAUCAAUUUCUUUCUCCGAUCAUUUGGACGUUUUUGUGAUCGACCAUUCUUAUUUCCAUUGUAUGGUUCGGAUGAUAUAAUCCAAGCAUUUUGUCGUUAUGGAGCUGUUUGGGGUGGUCUUUAUUGUCUUGGAGUUUCGAUUCACGGCAUCAAUAUUGAUAAAACCGAUGAUUCUAGGCAACUUUGCAAAUCUAUAAUGGUUAAUCGAUCUCUAGUUGAAUGUGAUAAUUUAAUCACUGAUUAUCGAUUCGAUGGAGGAAUACAACCACCAUGCAAAGAGCUUCCACAGAGAAUGUUGGCACGUGCAAUCAUAUUGAAUACAAAAUCAAUCAAAGCUAUCGAUCCUGAUAAUGAUGUUGGAGAUUUGAGCUUCAUUCAUUUGCCACCCAAAUUUACCGGUCUUGACCAUUCAGUGUAUUGUUUCGAAACCGAUUAUUCUAGCCGUGUAUGUCCUCGACAUUUUUAUCUGCAAUAUUUUUGGUGUGAGUCUUCCAUCACCGAUCGAACCGCUAAACAAAUGCUUGAACCAGUGGUUGAAAAGCUUCUCCGAUUAGAUGGAUUAGAAUCAUCCCAGACCAGUGAUCUGCCAUUUGAAUUACAGAAAAGAAUACUUUUGUCUGUUUAUUAUAAUUAUUAUCAUUACGAUUUGGACACCAAAGACAUGCCAUCCAAUAUCAAACUGAUAUCAAUGCCUAUCAACGAAUUCAAUUACGAGAAUGCAGUUUUAGAAGCCGAACGAAUCUUCCACCAACUAUUUCCAAAUGAGCAAUUCUUUCCAAUUACUGAACAACCCGAUAAACAGCAACAACAACAACAACUCGACGACGAAGAUGAUGAUCUCGUCAAUGAUCCACUUGAAUCUUGAAUGUAAUAUUUUCUUCAAACAAAACCAAAAAAAUAUCAUUAUCAAUUAUCAAUUAAAUCAAUUAAUUUUUAA